AUGGGCGGCGCAAAUCUGGAAAUCUUCAAAUUCGGAUUCUAUCUCUUUACGCCUAUCUAUGUCAUGGUCAAAUUUGCCGAUCCUGAUUGGUAUGCCGCCUAUGUUGCGCCUCUGAAAGAACAAUUCUGGCCACCGUAUGAGGAAACACACCAACCUCCCAAAACCCACGACGCUGUCCGUUCAGAAUUAGACCGUAUGAAGGCCGAAAGGCUAGCCGGCGCCAAGAGACGCCAGGUCGACCAGGCCGCCCUUGGAGAGGAUGGCGUUGUUCCAGAGGGACAGGCCGGGGUGGAGGGCGGACGUGGGCAGGGUACGGGAACCAGAUGGAAGGUCUCUGGUGGGGGUAGAUUGGUCUAG